CUUUAAGUUUCUAAAUCAGAGAAUAAAGAAGAAGAAAAAAUCUCAAAACCUUCCUCUAAAACCAACGGCUCCUACCUUUACUUACACCCUAUACAUACACUUCUCUUUUUAUCCUCCAUCGGCGGCUUAUGGCGGUUUUCCGGCACUAAUCAUCUCCGGCAUAUAUAAAUAAACGUACUUCACGUUUUUUUAUAUAACUUCAAAGUAGUUUCAGAUUUGUCUCUAUCUCUUCACUUUUAAGUCUUCUGGUUUUGUCAUCACCAGCUUUUUUUGUUCUGUCUCUGUCUUUCUCUUUGUGUAUUUUUAUUCUCGUCAUCGUUGUUCUUCUAUGAGAGGAAGAUCGGAAUGUCGAAGAGAAUUAGAAGAUUCUCGUACAUCACUUCGUUGGAAUUUCACAGGUCGAUGAGAGAUCUGAGAACUGUUUCAUUUUGAUCCAAACUCAUCUCUUUCAGAGUAUAAUGGACUAAGCAUUUUUUUUCUCCGAAGAUGGUUAAAGAAAUAGCUUCUUGGUUAUUGAUACUAUCAAUGGUGGUGUUUGUUUCUCCGGUUUUAGCUAUAAACGGCGGUGGUUAUCCACGAUGUAACUGCGAAGACGAAGGAAACAGUUUCUGGAGUACAGAGAACAUUCUAGAAACUCAAAGAGUAAGCGAUUUCUUAAUCGCAGUAGCUUAUUUCUCAAUCCCUAUUGAGUUACUUUACUUCGUGAGUUGUUCCAAUGUUCCAUUCAAAUGGGUUCUCUUUGAGUUUAUCGCCUUCAUUGUUCUUUGUGGUAUGACUCAUCUUCUUCAUGGUUGGACUUACUCUGCUCAUCCAUUUAGAUUAAUGAUGGCGUUUACUGUUUUCAAGAUGUUGACUGCUUUAGUCUCUUGUGCUACUGCGAUUACGCUUAUUACUUUGAUUCCUCUGCUUUUGAAAGUUAAAGUUAGAGAGUUUAUGCUUAAGAAGAAAGCUCAUGAGCUUGGUCGUGAAGUUGGUUUGAUUUUGAUUAAGAAAGAGACUGGCUUUCAUGUUCGUAUGCUUACUCAAGAGAUUCGUAAGUCUUUGGAUCGUCAUACGAUUCUUUAUACUACUUUGGUUGAGCUUUCGAAGACUUUAGGGUUGCAGAAUUGUGCGGUUUGGAUGCCGAAUGACGGUGGAACGGAGAUGGAUUUGACUCAUGAGUUGAGAGGGAGAGGUGGUUAUGGUGGUUGUUCUGUUUCUAUGGAGGAUUUGGAUGUUGUUAGGAUUAGGGAGAGUGAUGAAGUGAAUGUGUUGAGUGUUGACUCGUCCAUUGCUCGAGCUAGUGGUGGUGGUGGGGAUGUUAGUGAGAUUGGUGCCGUGGCUGCUAUUAGAAUGCCGAUGCUUCGUGUUUCGGAUUUUAAUGGAGAGCUAAGUUAUGCGAUACUUGUUUGUGUUUUACCGGGCGGGACGCCUCGGGAUUGGACUUAUCAGGAGAUUGAGAUUGUUAAAGUUGUGGCGGAUCAAGUAACCGUUGCGUUAGAUCAUGCAGCGGUUCUUGAAGAGUCUCAGCUUAUGAGGGAGAAGCUGGCGGAACAGAACAGGGCGUUGCAGAUGGCGAAGAGAGACGCGUUGAGAGCGAGCCAAGCGAGGAAUGCGUUUCAGAAAACGAUGAGCGAAGGGAUGAGGCGUCCUAUGCAUUCGAUACUCGGUCUUUUGUCGAUGAUUCAGGACGAGAAGUUGAGUGACGAGCAGAAAAUGAUUGUUGAUACGAUGGUUAAAACAGGGAAUGUUAUGUCGAAUUUGGUGGGGGACUCUAUGGAUGUGCCUGACGGUAGAUUUGGUACGGAGAUGAAACCAUUUAGUCUGCAUCGUACGAUCCAUGAAGCAGCUUGUAUGGCGAGAUGUUUGUGUCUAUGCAAUGGAAUUAGGUUCUUGGUUGACGCGGAGAAGUCUCUACCUGAUAAUGUAGUAGGUGAUGAAAGAAGGGUCUUUCAAGUGAUACUUCAUAUAGUUGGUAGUUUAGUAAAGCCUAGAAAACGUCAAGAAGGAUCUUCAUUGAUGUUUAAGGUUUUGAAAGAAAGAGGAAGCUUGGAUAGGAGUGAUCAUAGAUGGGCUGCUUGGAGAUCACCGGCUUCUUCAGCAGAUGGAGAUGUGUAUAUAAGAUUUGAAAUGAAUGUAGAGAAUGAUGAUUCAAGUUCUCAAUCAUUUGCUUCUGUUUCCUCCAGAGAUCAAGAAGUUGGUGAUGUUAGAUUCUCCGGCGGCUAUGGGUUAGGACAAGAUCUAAGCUUUGGUGUUUGUAAGAAAGUGGUGCAGGUGAGUUUCCUUACAUAUCUCUUUCUAAAGUUCCUGUCAUUAGUCUGAGUUUCUGUUUAGGAGUUCUUUGAUAAUGUGUGCAGUUGAUUCAUGGGAAUAUCUCGGUGGUCCCUGGCUCGGAUGGUUCACCGGAGACCAUGUCGUUGCUCCUUCGGUUUCGACGUAGACCCUCCAUAUCUGUCCAUGGAUCCAGCGAGUCGCCAGCUCCUGACCACCACGCUCACCCACAUUCGAAUUCUCUGUUACGUGGCUUACAAGUUUUAUUGGUAGACACCAACGAUUCGAACCGGGCAGUUACACGUAAACUCUUAGAGAAACUCGGGUGCGAUGUAACCGCGGUUUCCUCUGGAUUCGAUUGCCUUACCGCCAUUGCUCCCGGCUCGUCCUCGCCUUCUACUUCGUUUCAAGUGGUGGUGCUUGAUCUUCAAAUGGCAGAGAUGGACGGUUAUGAAGUGGCCAUGAGGAUCAGGAGUCGAUCUUGGCCGUUGAUUGUGGCGACGACAGUGAGCUUGGAUGAAGAAAUGUGGGACAAGUGUGCACAGAUUGGAAUCAAUGGAGUUGUGAGAAAGCCAGUGGUGUUAAGAGCUAUGGAGAGUGAGCUCCGAAGAGUAUUGUUGCAAGCUGACCAACUUCUCUAAGUUGUUAUCUCAACUUCUCUUCUACAUUCAAAAUUUUUACACCAUAGAUUUAUGUCAAAUAUAUCAAAAUGAAAUUUCGAAAUUGUUAUUAUAUAUACCACCCAUAUCUCUAUGAUUUGUACAUCCUGUUUUUUUUUGUUCUUUUUCUCAUUUUGAACCCCACGAAAUUGCAUUGAAUCUUAGUAUUUCGUAGGGUCAAGAAGGAGUCAGUUUCGUAGUUUUUUGUUUUCUUUAUGUUACGAACUUACGAAACUGAAUAUGGC